AAUGAUCAGUGUAAAACUUACUUUCCAACAAUUUCUGGUGUAUCUCUCUGAGGAUCUACAGAAAUGAAGAUAGGCUGUACUGGCGGGAGCUUUGGAUUACUAUCUGAAAGAUAUAGAAAAUUUCGUGCAUCCUGCUAAUGAAAAAAUGCCAGGGGGCGGAGCUGCCACAACCGCAGCUCUGUGGGUUUAUAAACAUCGGACUUUUGCUUGAAUCGCCCAAAACCAGCCAGUGCCCUCCGAUAGAAGGAACACGAGAUUUUCAAAAUGUGGCGAAUUAUUUGUGUAACUUUAUUGGUGUCGCUAUGGUCCAACGCAUAUGCUCAAGAAUACUUACCACCUAAAAUCGGAGGGGGUGGUGGUGGCCCUAAGAAACCGAUACAAGAACCAUCGUUGCCAGCCAACUAUGACUUCUCAUACGACGUGCAAGACAACGGCGUGAGCCUGGACUUCGGGCACAACGAGAAGAGGAAAGAGGACCACGCGACCGGCUCCUACCACGUGCUGCUGCCUGAUGGCAGGAUGCAGCUCGUCGAGUAUGAAGCUGGGCCCGAUGGGUAUAAGCCUCAGGUGAUGUACAUGGGCACAGCGACGUUCCCUCCGGCAGGCGGCACAUCUGACAAGUUCGACGGCUACCACUAUAACGCGGCGUCGAACCGACAGAGCGUGAGACAGGCGGCGCCGCGCGGUGGGGCUCGCCAGCCCGCGGCGCCCGCGCCUCAGUCCGCGCCGCCCCCACAUACAUCGCCGCCUAACGCCACCCAGUGAAAACAUCACAAAUAUUAACCCGAUUAGACCAAUAGCGAACAAUUAAUGAACUUCCAUCAUCUUCCGAACCUUUUCCCAACAAUGUUGGGGUCAGAUUUAAUUUUGGAACACUACUAGAAAAAUUGUAAUUCUUAGCAUCCUUUCGGCCGGCUUUGAGUUAUUAAAAAAAAAAUACUAGAGUCGUUUCGUGAACGAAAAUAUUUUCAUCGCUGUUAAUGGGUUUAAGUUAGCCAAGUAAUGGUAAAUUAUACUUUCCAAAAAAAGAUAAAGGCAAAAAUAGAGUGAAUAUAAAAAUAGACUGUCGGAAAAGCUUCGAUGAAAAAUGAAAAAAUAAUUCUCAAGUGUAAAUA